CUGUAGUAUCACCUCUCACACCUCUGCCUUCCCUUCUAGAUGGCGUCAGUGAAUGACUCUCGCCUUCAGCAGCAGCCUGCCCAGAAGGAUGCGGCUGACCAGAACUUUGACUACAUGUUCAAGCUGCUGAUCAUUGGCAACAGCAGUGUGGGGAAGACCAGCUUCCUGUUCCGCUAUGCUGAUGACUCCUUCACCCCAGCCUUUGUCUCCACCGUGGGCAUAGACUUCAAGGUCAAGACCGUCUUCCACAAUGAGAAAAGGAUAAAGCUACAGAUAUGGGUGAGUUAGCCCUAUGCAUUUUGUCCCACAUGCCAGCUAUGGUCUCUACAACAUGAUUGCCACCUUUGUGCCACAUUUUUGCCAUCAUAGUGGACUCUCAUACACAUCCCAUCAAGAGGAAAGUUGUCCUCUGUAUUAAACCAGAAUAUAAAUCCAUAGACCAAAUCCUUCACUAUUGAAUUGAGUUUUUCUGACAGGUGGCUGAUAAUUAUAUAGUGGGUCAAUCACAAACCUUCAUCUGCAAGGCCCUUGCAUUUUACACAGUGGUGUAAAAAUACUUUGAAGUACUACUUAAGUCAUUGUUUGGAGGUAGUUUACUUUACAAUACAUUUUUGACAAAUUUUACUCCAUUUUAUUCCAAAGAAAAUAUGUACUUUUUUACUCCCAUACACUUUCCUUGACACCCAAAAGUACUAGUUACAUUUCGAAUGCUCAGUAAGGACCUCAAUAUGGUCCAAUUCACACACCUAUCAAUAUAAUGCCUGUGGUGAACUCACUAAACACAAAUACUGCAUUUGUAAAAGAUGUUGGAUUGUGCCCCUGGCGUUCCGUAAAUCACGCCAUCGGGUUUGCUUAAUAUAAGGAAUUAGAUUUAUAUCAUGUCAUUUUUUACCUUUACUCAAGUAUGACAAUUUAGUCAUUUUUCCACCAAUGAUUUUACCCUCCGUCUCUCUUGUAUGUUUUGCAGAAAACUUGGUUUCUCAUCUCAAGCUACUGCAGUGUGUUGUCGCUGCUUGUACCACAUGCUCUAGAGACUAAGGCUGUGUUUGGACAGGCAGACCAAUUCUGAUCCAUUUUCCACUUAUUGGUCUUUUGACCAACCACAUCAGAUCUUUUUCAGAGCUGAACUGAUUGGUCAAAAGAACUGAUUGGAAAAAAAUAUCAUGUUCUGUGGAAAUACUUGAAUUACAGGGCUACCAGAAGUGUACAAUUUAUUACAAUGUAGCCUAGUACCUUGACGUCGGAAAGUGUUUCAAGGGAAACUAUUUCCACGUACAGUGAAUGCUGUUUAAACAAGACAAACACCCUAUAUGGUAUCGUAUUCAAUCAAGAUGAAUCAGCAGCAACCGUGUCCACACCAAUGUACACACCAAAACCAAGCUGACUGACGCACUGACCCUGUUUCCACCUAAGUACACGUGAUUUGGCUUAAUGUUGUCAGUGGUGGCUGGGAUCACUGAAUGCCAUCUGAUGAGUUUCAAAUCAGAGAAGAAUGAAUCCUUCCUCAGUUUGCCUCAUACAUUGGAGGUGUGGAAGUAGCAACCAUGUCCAAUAAAUGAGCGCUGGCUUCGA